AGUCAUCCUGCAGUCGAGACAAGCAGAGCUCAGAUUCUGAGGAGCAUCUUCACACACACCACAACAAUGAGGGAAAUCGUUCACAUUCAAGCCGGACAGUGCGGCAAUCAGAUUGGGACAAAGUUCUGGGAAGUCAUCAGCGACGAGCAUGGCAUUGACCCAGCCGGCAACUAUGUGGGUGAUUCAGGGCUGCAGCUUGACAGAAUUAAUGUGUACUACAACGAGGCGUCCUCUCACAAGUAUGUUCCCAGAUCCGUGCUGGUAGACCUGGAGCCUGGGACUAUGGACAGUGUUCGUUCUGGGGCGUUUGGACAGCUUUUUCGACCAGACAACUUCAUCUUUGGACAGACCGGUGCCGGAAACAACUGGGCCAAGGGCCACUACACGGAAGGAGCCGAGCUGGUGGACUCAGUCCUGGAUGUGGUCAGGAAGGAGUGUGAGCAUUGCGACUGCCUGCAAGGCUUCCAGCUCACACACUCCCUCGGUGGAGGAACCGGAUCCGGAAUGGGGACGCUUCUGAUCAGCAAGAUCCGAGAGGAGUAUCCCGACCGCAUCAUGAACACCUUCAGCGUCAUGCCUUCACCGAAAGUGUCCGAUACGGUGGUGGAGCCGUACAACGCCACGCUCUCGGUGCAUCAGCUGGUGGAAAACACAGACGAAACGUACUGUAUCGACAACGAGGCGCUGUACGACAUCUGCUUCCGCACGCUGAAACUCACCACGCCCACGUACGGGGACCUCAAUCACUUAGUGUCUGCCACUAUGAGUGGAGUCACCACGUCGUUACGCUUCCCCGGCCAACUGAACGCAGACUUGCGCAAGCUAGCGGUAAACAUGGUGCCGUUCCCUCGCCUUCACUUCUUCAUGCCCGGAUUCGCGCCGCUGACCGCGCGAGGAAGUCAGCAGUAUCGCGCGCUCACGGUGCCUGAACUCACACAGCAGAUGUUCGACGCCAAGAACAUGAUGGCCGCCUGCGACCCGCGGCACGGGCGAUACCUCACGGUGGCUACCGUUUUCCGCGGGCCGAUGUCCAUGAAGGAAGUCGACGAGCAGAUGUUGGCCAUUCAGAACAAGAACAGCAGCUAUUUCGUAGAGUGGAUCCCCAACAACGUUAAAGUCGCGGUGUGUGACAUUCCACCCAGAGGACUUAAGAUGGCCUCCACCUUUAUCGGCAACAGCACGGCCAUCCAGGAGCUCUUCAAGCGCAUUUCCGAGCAGUUUUCGGCCAUGUUUAAACGCAAGGCCUUCCUGCAUUGGUUCACCGGAGAGGGGAUGGAUGAGAUGGAGUUCACCGAGGCCGAGAGCAACAUGAACGACCUUGUGUCGGAGUAUCAGCAGUACCAGGAGGCUACGGCCAAUGACGGCGAGGAAGCAUUUGAGGAUGACGAGGAAGAGGUGAACGAGUGAACAGCGGAUGCCGUUUUUUGUGUCGGUUUAAGCUGCGAUUUUUACGUUUUGAAUGUGAAUAAAUGGAGUCAAAGCGUGUUUGCAAUAAAUGCAUUUUGAGGACCAUA